UGUCAAUGGUUCGUGCAUGUUUGGGUCUACCGCGUUGCUAUCCCGCGUGAGGUUUGUGCUAGCGAGACACCGUAGCUGGGGAUUCCUGCCGAACUUAAUGUAGAGGUUGGCCUUCAGAUAAAAACAAACUUCAAAACUGAUUACAAUUGAAGUUGGUUGGCAUGGGUAACACAAGUGACAGGGUGUCCGCUGACCGCCAUGGCGCCAAGGCUCAUCGUUCCGACAGUGGCAGCAGCCACAAAGAUCAGGAACACAGCAACAAGCUGGUGGACAGCACAGAUGAUCCCAACAUCUUCAAUACUCAUGGAUCAGAGUCAAAGGUGUCUGGGGAGAAGGAGUUCACCGCCCCAGAUCUAGAGGACCUGGUCAAGACGGGGCCUCAGGCCAGGCCUACGGUCAUCCGCUGGGCUGGGGGAGGCAAGGAUGUCUUCAUCGCCGGCUCCUUCAACAACUGGGGAACCAAAAUCCCCCUCAACAAAAGCCACAAUGACUUUGUAGCCAUCUUGGACUUGCCAGAAGGAGAGCACCAGUACAAGUUCUUUGUGGAUGGACAGUGGGUUCAUGACCCUUCAGAGACUGUGGUCACCAGCCAGCUGGGCACCAUCAACAACCUGAUCCAGGUGAGGAAGUCCGACUUCGAGGUGUUCGACGCCCUCCAGGUGGACUCCCUGGACAGCUCCGACACUACGGAUCUAUCCAGCUCCCCGCCAGGACCUUACGGACAGGAGCACUACGUCUUCAAACCCGAGGAGCGCUUCAAGGCCCCGCCCAUCCUACCCCCUCACCUCCUCCAAGUCAUACUCAACAAGGACACCAACAUAUCUUGUGACCCCGCACUGCUACCAGAACCAAACCACGUCAUGCUGAAUCACCUUUACGCCCUGUCAAUAAAGGAUGGGGUUAUGGUGCUAAGUGCCACUCACAGAUACAAGAAGAAGUAUGUGACCUCACUGCUGUACAAGCCCAUCUAAAACCUCAACCGCUUUGGCUUUUAGAUAGCAGAGAGCUGCAUGUGUGGAAUCCACUGAAUUAUUUAAUCAUCGCAUUUAGCCAAGUAUUGCACUGAAGCAACAGUUUACGGGUAAGCUUAAAGCCAGUCAGUGAGCAGACAGUGUCAGAAGUGGCACAUUGUUCUCCUCUGAGGGCUUUGAGCAGAAAAUAGCAUUGGCCAAAACAUGGAUCCAUAGAGUGUGGUCAGUGGAGCAAUUGGCAAUGCAGAGCCCGCUCUUCACUCAUGGGUGGAUAGAAGGUACAAUGAGGAUUGAUUCACAGUCUACAGUUAACUGGUAUUAAGGGACAUGGCGAACCACCGUGUGUAUUUGUGUGUUUUGGUCACAUUGGAGAGGGGGGGGGGGGGGGGGGGGUGCAUGCUCUUGUGGACAAAGACAGUUUAGAUGAAAGAGUGUGAUUAAGAGAAUGUUCUAUGUUCUAUGCAUAGAAACAGACAGCUUUAUUGAUUGUGUUUUUGAGAUUAAGUUUAUAUAAUAGAGGAGUGUCCUUCAUAUUCAGACCCGACACACUGCAGCCGAUACUUGAAGGAAGUGAUGUUUGUCAACAGGAAGCACGGCGAUAAUGGGUUCAUAGGCAACAGAAUGUGGUUUGAAUGGUGUAAUCAGAUCCUAAAGCUCACAUUGAAACAGCAAGUGUAACCAUGGCUAAAGUCUGUUCAUUUCCAUUAGCAGAGUACCAUAGAAAGGGAGGGUUAAUAGUUAGGCCAGCAAACUAACGACAGAGGCUGGAGGCUGCCCGAUCAAGUGCAAUAGAACUGGACGUGGGGAGUCAGAGUAUUCCCUUUUCCUUUUUAGUUUUUUAAUCAGACUGGUGUUAGUGGAAUCUAGGUCCCAGGCACCACACUGGUUUAGUUCAGCUGUUGCCUUCAUCGUUUCCUAAUGCUGCCAGCACUUUAAUCAUCCCCUGCGCAGGAUCACUGACUCAACCGUUCAACUCUGCAGCAUUACAAGUCUUGUACUGUAGUGGUUGGAAGGACUGCAGUCCAGUCUUCUGUUUUUGUUUUUCAAAAAUAGAGAUGUUAAGAUUGCAGUGCUUUGUGUGCUUUAUCUGUGUUUAAAAAGAUUGUCCAUAAGGAUGUACUGUAUUUGACUACUGUAGUGUUGGCAUGUAUAUUUAUAUCAAGUGGCUUGAGCAUGCAAACGGUUCCUGUUGCUAUAGCUAUUUUGCAUGUGUUGAUUGAUAUCAAUGUUAUUUUCUCACAACCAACAUUGAUGUUUUCUUUCUGAGUAGUCGUGUAAAACUAAAGGCAAUCAUGCCAAGUUUUGCUACGGCUGUCACUGUUGAGAUGGAUAUAUUUUUCAUUAUUUGGCACUGUUAAGGAUGGAAAAGACAAUGCAUGUUUGUGAUUGAUCUGAAAUGUCUCCCUUUUUUUUUUAUCUGCACAAUGUUUCAAUUUUGUCGAUUGUAGUGCCAUAAUCAUCGGUUUGGAGGAAUUUCUGGUAGGGUCCUAAUUAUGAUGUUGGUGAAAAUAACACACAACACAUAUGUUUCGAAAUGACUAGGACAUCACUUUAAGAUUGCCUUCAAGUGUUGAUUAGUUGGUUGCUCAGAAUGAAAUAAUUUAAAGUGUGGGGAGGGGAUAUUGUGAAGCUUGAACCAAAACUAGAAUUUUCAAACCGUUGUCUUUAUAGAAAAUGCAAAUAACUUGUUUUCAAUUUUAGGGCACUGGUUUUUACUUGUUUUCGAAUAAAUGAAACUAACUUAUUAACUUUGUGUUAAAGAGAUCAUAUUGUCUGAACCCAAAUUAUCUUUGAGUUACUUGAAAUGUACUAAAGUUACUGUUAGCAUAAUUCUAAAUGUUCAAUAUCCUUUGGUAUGUAUAACAAUGCAGAAAGUCUCUUCACUCUCUGUUGACAAACUGACAACGUGCGUGUACUUCUGUAUUUGGUGCAGGGUAACGCAAGAACACGCCUUUCACUUUUGUUUUAUUUAUUUCUUCAGAAAACCUUUCAUGAUGCGUAAACACAACACACUGUUACUGUCAUCAGAGACCGACCCAAAGUCCUGUCUCGGCAAUUCUAGUUCUCUUUCUUUCUACAAAAACAAAGCUGCUUUCCAAUCACAUCAGUCAAAAGUACUAUAUACAAACAGAACUAUCAAUACACUGUUUCUUACGCCGUUACGUUUCCCUCUAAACAAACUAUCAAAAAGGCAUUGUUUACGCUCUAAAAAGGUGGAGACCGAAUCUUUAAAAACACUGGUCGAAACAUGAAUCGAUAGAUUCUUUGAAUCUCUUAAUGGUUUUACCUUCCACCAAAUAACAAUUUACAUUUUAUGUUUAAAUAUUUGGUAAUUUACUCAUAUCCUUUUCUAUAAGUAGGGUUAGGGUAAACUGACGGAGCACAGACAAGACCUAUUUUUGCAGAGUUUUAUGUCUAAGAUAAACACAAAGCUCUAGUUCAAGGCCAUUUCCUACAUUCGCAUCUUGUGCAAACGAGACUCAAGCUAAAGGCAAGCGAAGCAACACUGCCCUCUUGUUAUGUUUCCACUAAUACUGUGAUCAAGGGGCAUUACAUCAAGGCAUGGAUCGUGAUCGCAUGUGAUACAGCCUAUGUGAGGAUUUAUUUUAAAAAGCCACAAUUCU